CGUGAGCUGCUCCGUUAAACAAACGUCCCGGAGUUGACGCAUUGAGAAUGAUUUUAUAAGGAUUAAUUGAUUGCUGGCAGAGAUGGGAUGUUGUUAUCAGCCCACUGAGUUCAGUGUGUUUUAAUCCUGACAUGAUGGCGCCGUGGCUGCAGCAUCUGCGCAGCUGCGUGCUGUCCCACGUAAACGCCGCAGCGCUGAUCGUGUUCUUGUUGGUGUAUUUUUUAGUUAGUUUCUAUCAGAAACGACGGCGGCUCGCCAACAUUCCGCCUGGUCCGAGGUCGUGGCCGAUAGUCGGCAAUUUCGGCGGCUUUCUCCUCCCGUCCUUCGUCCAGAGGAGGCUCGGGAAGCGGUCCGCCGGCAGCGGCUCCAACGCCGCGUCGGUUCUAACGGAACAAGCCGCCGUGUACGGAAACGUCUACAGCCUGUUCGUCGGCAGUCAGCUGGUCGUGGUGCUGAACGGCUACGAGGUGGUGAAGGAUGCUCUCUCCAACCAUCCCGAGGUGUUCUCCGACAGGCCAGGUAUUCCUGCCAUCACCAUCAUGACGAAACGCAAAGGAAUAGUGUUCGCACCGUACGGGCCAGUGUGGAGAAGGCAGCGCCGCUUCUGCCACGCCACCCUCCGGAACUUCGGCCUGGGGAAGCUGAGCUUGGAGCCGUGCAUCCUGCAGGGCCUGACCACCGUCAAAUCAGAGCUGCUGCGACUGAGCGAGGAGUCCGGUGGCGCCGGCGUGGACCCGGCCCCCCUGAUCAGCAGCGCCGUGUCAAACGUCAUCUGCUCGCUGAUCCUGGGUCAGCGCUUCCAUCACGAAGACCACGAGUUCCGCACCAUGCUGGGCCUGAUGGUCCGUGGGCUGGAGAUCUGCGUGAACAGCCCCGCGGUCCUCAUCAACGUCUUUCCGCUGCUGUACCACCUGCCGUUCGGGGUGUUCAAGGAGCUGCGGCAGGUGGAAGGAGACAUCACGGCGUUCCUGAAGAGGAUUAUCGCGGAGCACCGGGAGACGCUGGACCCUGCGAACCCGAGGGAUCUUGCGGACAUGUACUUGGUGGAGAUGUUGGCUCAGCAGGCAGCUGGAGAGGAGGACAGCAGCUUCACGGAGGACUAUCUCUUUUAUAUCAUCGGAGAUCUCUUCAUCGCUGGCACUGACACCACCGCCAACUCCGUUUUGUGGAUUCUGCUCUACAUGGUCCUGCAUCCUGACGUCCAAGACAAGGUGCAGGCCGAGAUCGACGACGUGGUGGGCGCACAUCGGGUCCCGUCUUUGACCGAUAAGGGAAGUUUGCCUUUUACUGAAGCCACCAUCAUGGAGGUGCAGAGACUGACUGUAGUGGUGCCUCUGGCUAUUCCUCACAUGGCCUCCCAGACAACAGAGUUUAGAGGAUACACGAUUCCCAAAGGAACAGUUGUUUUGCCCAACCUGUGGUCUGUCCAUAGAGAUCCCACCGUGUGGGAUGACCCAGACAGUUUCAACCCUGCACGCUUCCUGGACCACGAGGGAAAGCUGCUCAGGAAGGAGUGCUUUAUACCGUUCGGGAUUGGUCGCAGGGUGUGCAUGGGAGAACAGCUGGCGAAGAUGGAGCUGUUCCUGAUGGUGACCAGCCUGCUGCAGGCCUUCAGAUUCAGACUCCCGGAGGGAAGGCCCCCUCCUCCCCUGCAGGGACGAUUCGGCCUGACGUUGGCCCCCUGCCCAUACACCGUGUGUGUGAGUCUUCGCCGAUGAAGCCGAAGACUUUUCAGUAAGCCGAGCGCUCUGAUGCCGAGGACGAUGCAAACGCUGGUAAAGAUCUCCUGGAGAGAAAGAAGCCUGCUGAUUAUCUGUCGAUAUUUUAUCAUUUUAUUUUACGAUGCUUAUCGCUGAUUGACAGAAAUUAGCGCACAUAUCCGUCUAUGUAAUGUCCUUAUUGGGGCUUUCAGGAAAGAAAGAUUUUAGUUUUCUGAACCGGAGUUCAUCAAUGUAUUAUUGGCAGCUUGUCAACAGAACAGAUUGUCGUCAUCAUGAUUACCUUAAUUUCAUGACAAUGAAAUGAAAAUCAGGAAUAUUUGUUUUUUAAUCCACUUUUUACCGUUUUCAAUGUUUUUCUUUUAAAUUGUGGCAUUUUAUUAGCCCGGCGAGGAAUUUACUUUCCUUUAUUCAGGACAGUGGAAGAAAUAUUUGGCUGUAGUGUCUUAAUGCUAGAAACACACAAACAGUGCGUCUGUUGUCUUGUAUCUGUCAGUGAUUCACAGUGACAUUCAUGUUUAUCAUUUCAAUCACUUUGGUUUAUUCUGAAAGAACAAACUGAUUCUAAACUGUCAUUAAAAAAAAAAAAUCAGUAUAUAAGAAACACACAGCUCAGGGUGUAGUGUCGUUUACACCAGCAGAG